CUUCCUGGGUAUUUAAAGCCAUGUCUCUCUGUCUUUGCCAGCAGAUUAUACAGUGAUUUACCGACAGAAGGUCUUUUGACCUUUGAACUUGCCAAAACGAAAGGGGAUAUACCCCAGACCUGAACCCCCAAAAAAGAUCAACCCUUUGAUAGAAAGAUGCUGGUUUUCGUGGUGCUUGGCUUCCUCCAUUCUUUGCAGUUUUUGGUGUUGGCUGCUCCCCACGGGGAUGAAGAGGGAUCGGCUGCUUCUACCCGAGACGAGCAUAGGAUCCCCCCGGAGUCCUUCCUGAAUUCUCUGCUCUUUAGGAGGCAUAGAAGUGACGACAGUGCCCUCAACAGAAUCCCAGAGUCUUCUGCUUUGGACCAUAUGGGUGAAGAAGCCCUGAGAAGGAAGCUGUUUUGGGAGCGGACUAUUCACAAGGACAGAGCCAAGCCUUAUCCCGACCAGAUCCUGCCGAUUGCACAAGAAGCCCUCAGACGGUCAAGGUGCGAAGCGUUGCCGUUCAUACAGAAUAUCUACAAAAAACACUGCGUUCCCGUGCGCAUUCCUAACAAAUUCUGCUUCGGCCAAUGCAAUUCCUUCUACGUGCCCGGCAAUCCAACAGGCUCUCUCCAGCCUUGUACGUCCUGCGUCCCGGUUCUCUCCAGGCGCAUCUCCGUGGCUCUCCAGUGUCGUGGUGGCCGUGUCUCCUGGCAGGAGGUCCAGCUGGUGGAAGAAUGUGACUGUGUGACUCGGUUCGAUAGGGUAUCACAACCUGGCAGUAGUGAGACCCAGUAGCGGAAGAUGGCUAAACGAACCGAAUGUCUGACAUGGGGCCUUUAUAAUGGCCGCUUGAAUCCCAGGACUCUUUGCCCCAGAGACUUGAAUAGCUUUUUUUUCCUCCCCUGAGGGAACUUGCACUAAUUACUCUUUAAACAAAGAUUCCGCCCGACAGAGGACAUGCUAUGUGAAUAUGUCCC